CUCUGCUCUCAGAAGUGCUUGGACGAUAAAAGCGGGAGUAACACAAUUCGGUUUUAGUUGCAUUUACCAUCUUGAACAUCAGUGCCAUUUCAUGAAGCAAAGACAGACCAGCAAUGAAGCACGAUCGCAUGUGUGGCAGUCGAUGUCUGGGUCCGAUGACUUUCAGUGUGGACCUGACAGGCCAACACGUGACCCUCAGCCAAGAAGGACAACUCGCGUCCAGAGACACCUCGUCCUUUAUGAACGGUUUGGCGUUUCUCAGCCGCACUGUAAAGGUGGAUGAAAAGCUGUGUAUACGUAUUGAGGACCGCACCUCGUUGUGGGAUGGAGCUCUUCGUGUGGGUUUCACCAGCUUCUGCCCACAGAGAAACAGUUUACCACCUGCCUCAAUACCAUACCUCAGGAACACACGGGGAUACUGUGUUGUGCCAGUGCCUGAGGACUUGUGUAGGUGUGGUGUACAGCUUCAGUUCUGGAUAAACUAUGCAGGCAUGGUUAUUGUUCAAGAGAUAGGUGGGGAGAAAUAUUACCUCAAAGCAGAAGGACUGAACCUGAAUAAUCCGCUGUGGGUUUUCAUUGAUCUGUACGGGAGCACAAGCGCCGUCCGCCUUCUGAGAUCAAGGAGGGGCAAUCGAACAUCAUGCCCGGUAGACAGUACAUCUGUCAUCAACUGGCUAGUGAGAGCAGUUGAGCGACAAACAUCAGAGGAAGAGCAUAGCUAUAACCAUAAAACAGAAACCAGAAAGGUCCAGAAAACGUCAUCUUACUGGAAAGCGAGUCUCUUCCUUGUACAGUAUGCCAACCAGACGACCAUCCCAAGCCCCCGAGAAUGUUCAGAACUCACAAGAGCUGGUUUAGGCGUACCUGUUCAGGCGUCAAGACGGGUAGAUCUACACUGGACUUGGCAAGAGCUGAAACAGUUAAUUUGCUCCAGAUAUCCUUUGGUCGACCUGGAUGUGAUUGGUUUCCAGUUUGCGAAGGCUGAUAAGCAUGGACGACUUUGCAGAUUACAUGCAAACACUCUGAAGAAAAUAAAAAAGGAGCUGGCUGACAACAUACUUUAUAUAGUUCCUAAGACAGACAUUGUUCUAAAUGAGAUGAUCACGCACACAUUAUCAUCAUUCGUGAAUGCAAAUGCUUUCACACAAUCACGUUCUCCUCCACCUGUUCCUGCACAACAGAGGCACCGGUUGACUUCAACCAGCAGUUUUCUUUCAGAUUCAAGCCGAAACUCUUCAAUGGAGGACAUGGACUUUAGCUCUUUGCUCAGAGAGUUCCAGCACAUGCAUCUCAGUAGCAGCGAGCAUGUUUCAGUAUUGGUUUCUCGUAACAAGGUGCUGCAGAGUGCUAAAGAAAAUUCUGUUUCCAACUCUAAUUUCCCUUGGACCAAAAUCCCUCUCGUGACAUUUGUUGGUGAGGAAGCCCUUGACUGUGGAGGUCCACGGAGAGAGUUUUUCAGAAUCUUGAUGAUGGAGGUGCAGAGCUCGCUGGGCAUCUUUGAGGGGCAGCCUGGACACUUGUUCUUCACCUAUGACCAGAUGGCCUUGGAGGAACACAAGUAUGAGUUGGCGGGGAAGCUGAUUGCGUGGUCUGUGGCUCAUGGCGGCCCAGGACUCAAGUCUCUUGACCCCUGCCUGUACCAGCUGAUGUGCACCCAGGAAUGUCAACUGGUAGACUUUGACUGGCACCUAAUACCAGAUGCUGACAUUCAGGACAAACUACAAAAGAUUUCAUCAUGCAAAACGAUGGCAGAUCUCCAGAGGCUGCAGACAGAGCAGGGUGACUGGAUCUGUGAAUGUGGUUUCCCUGGAAUAUACAGACGUGAAAUUUCCAUUCAAGAUGUGCCAAAGAUUUACUCCUUUGCAGUUCGACACUACAUAUAUCUGAGAACAUCAAAUAUGAUUCAUCAGUUCACAAAGGGACUGAAUGCUUAUGGACAGUUCUGGGAUAUGGUAAGAACUCACUGGGUUGAGUUUUUGCCCAUCUUUACCAACAUGCAUGAGCCCCUUUCCAGAAGCACAUUUAGAGACCUGUUCCAAAUCCACUGGAGUAAAUCAGGGACCAAGAAGAGGGAGGCUGAGGAAGAGACUAUACACAACUGGGAACUGGUACUUAGGAUGAUUGAAGAUAAAAAACCAAAAGCUCCACAAAACGAUUUGCAAUUUGAGGAAAUUUUGGCUUUCAUAACUGGAGCGGGUGAAGUCCCACCACUUGGGUUCUCCCCGAAGCCCAGCAUUCACUUCUACCAACCAGAGCAGCGUGGAUGCCGUCUACCGUUUGCUAACACGUGCAUGAUGGGAUUGUUCCUGCCCAGGGUUGUAAAAGAUGAAGUGGAACUUUACAGGAUGCUCCUGAGAGCGAUCAGAGACUCAGCUGUUUUUGGGAGAACAUAAAUGUAUAUAAUUCUUUAUUAUAAUGUACACGGUCACAUCCAUAAUUAUGUAUAUUUAUAAGCUUUAUUUCAUUAUUUAUUUCAUUACUUAAGAAGAAAGCACUUAUGCACUUACUGUAUAUUUUUGACAUAAAUAUAUUUUGCAUUCUAUGCCAGAUAAUUUUUUUUAUAUUUGUAAUAUAUACAAUAUAUUU